UCUUAAAGCAAGGGUAGCAGCCAGGGUUGAUCGUAGAGUUUUCUCCAGCCUUGAGCUCGUGUGAGUGAGUCAUGGCGGCGCAUCACGGCGCGUAUCAGCUUUCAAGUGCUGAUUGAAUGCUGGCAUUAUCUUUCCUUGAGCUUCGUUCGAGAGAGUUCCAGAGGUGACUCAGCAGCCAGGUCAUCUGGGACAGGUGGCAUUGGCAAGGUCUGGCGUCUUUUGGCGCCCCGCGGCGGAGCUUGAAAACGCUGGAUUUGCUGCCAGGUGUCCUUCUAGAAGCAAGAAGAUGCUUCUUUGAGUCAGCAUUGAUUCAGCAAUUGAUGACUUGGCACAGUUGGCGGCGGCACCCGAUGGCGCUCUCUGGCAUCCUUUGGCAGCCCAAUGAGCUUGUUUUGAUGGGGUGCAAUGGUCCCCAACUUCAUUUCUCCAAACAGCAAAGGGUCCAUUUCUGGAGGGAGCUCUGGAGCGAGCUCAGAAGCUGGCAGUCCGCGGUCAGCGCGUCGUGCACGCAGGCGUCUGGGCAUGCCCAGCCGCGCUGCGCUUCAACUUUCAAGCAGAUGGCAGAGAGUACCACACCACAACAGCAGGGGCCGGCAGCCUCGCUGUCUGAUGGCAAGGAAGGCACUCGUCCUGCUGGAUCACCGCCUUCCAUUGGGGGGGGAAGUGGAGCAACGCGCUCAUCUGCUGCCGCACCCAACUCGAGCACCCCCCCGCCCCACCCCAUGCAUGAGGUGGUUUACGGCGCGAACAGUGGCGCGGAGAUAAAAGCUGGUCCUGCGAGGACUGGGGACACAUGCGGCCCACCCCGCGAUGAUGCUCUCCCGCCGGCGGCCAUCAGAGCGCUCGUGGCGAGCGCGGCCAGAGGCUUCCUCACCUACUCCAAGAGAGGCCACCGCAUCUUCCGGAAGGUGGCGGGAACCCUGUGCCAGCGCGCUCGAGAGGAGCUCGGGUCUGCAGGCCUCCUCUGGUCGAAGGCUGCCUGGGAUGGGAGCCUGCAUGCCGCGAUGGCUGGUCUCCAGGCGCUGGCGGGCACUGCAGACGCGGGCCUGCAAGAGGGCUUCGAGAAGGUCUUGACGUCGAUCAGGCAGGCCCACAUGGAGGGGCUGCAGCGACCAGCAAGCGCCUCCCGUGGAGCUCACAGGACUGCCGCAAGCCCGGCGGCCGCGAGCCCAGCGGCAACGAGCCAGGCCCGCCCCCCAGCUGGUGGCGCUUCCAGGAAAGCGAGGAAAGCAAAGGAGCUACUGGCCAGCUACCUCUUUGGGGCCAAGGUUCCACACGGUCUCCUUUGCGGAGAAUGCAGCAACCCCGCGACCUAUGCGCUGCGUGGAGGCAAGGAAGGGGGCAACCUCAAGUGCUUCUGCGGUGCGCAUCGCCCAGUCAGAACUCGCUGCUUCCAGAUUGAGAAGGCCCGGGCAGAGUGGGCACGUGUCUGUGAAGCUUUCAAGUUGAAGAAAGAGCUAGCGCGGGCGCUUGACGAGGAGGCAGAGCUCGGGAGUAGGCAUGCAUGCGACGGAUAUCAGCAUGACAACUUCAGGUGGGAUGCGACCCCCAAGAGCAAGCUCCUCAAUGCAAAGCUUCUGCUGAUCGGCGGCGUCGAAAGCAAUCCUGGGCCAGCGCUCCAAUCACAGGGAAACGAGAAUAAGGACGCACCUGCACCUGAUGUCAGCCCUUGCCGUCAGCUUGUGAAUUUGCCCUCUCGAGAGGACGUCGAACAGAGCUGGCGGCCGGCAUGUGGUCAGCGCGCUGUUCCUGAGGAGUUUGAGAAGUGGCAGAAGAAUGGGAAGCUUUACGAGCAGGUGGACCCCAGCCCUGCAGAUUCGAAGGGAGGCAUUGCCUCUCGAGCAUCUGACCGCGUGGUGACAGGGGGCAUCGAAAGGCCCGAGUUCCCGGAAGAGAUGCCGAGGGCGGACGCGGAAUUGCUCCAGAGAGAGCUCAGUCAUUUGGACAGGAUAGAAGACGGCCUCCUGACUGCCCUGGUGGAAGACAACAGAGCAGACGAAGAGGACCGGCUGUCCACUUCAUUGGGAGAGACAGCUGGCGCUGCAGUCAAGGGUUGCGGCGCCACAGCAGAGAAAAGCGGCGGCAACCAGCGGUCGGCGACGAGUGCGGCCAGUGAGUCCGGGUUUGGGCGAUCAGGAUCUGAAGAAGAAGGCGAGGACAUUGAGGGGGCGGAGUUUGAGAGCGUGGGCGAAUCUGGGGACGUGGAGACAUCCCAAGAUCGCCUCAUGAUCGACGACGGAAGUCAAGACGAAGAGAAUCCGGUGGUUGCGCAAGGCAGGUUUCGUGCCGCCAGGGAAUCCGACUCCGAGUUGGACGUUUCUCAGCUUCAGGCUCAGGGCUUCAAGCCGGGAGCCCGUCUCCUGCCUCUCCGGUCGAAGUGCUCAGCCGAGGAGGGCAGCCCUUCGCAGGGUUCUUCCGCAAGCAACGGGCGGUGGGCGGCUGCCCAGGCUCAUCAGCAGCUCCGAAAGCGGCGGGUUUGUGAUGAGGCAACCCCCUCUCCACAAACCAGGCGGCGCCGUCGGGUGCUGCUCCCAUCAUCGGAGUCCUCGGGUGAGAACGGCAGCGUUUCGGCAAGGCGGAGCGGUGCUGCUGGGUCGGAGGAGGAGGUGCAGCACCCGGGGGGCGAUGUGCUCGUGCCUGACGCCAGCGCUAGCUCCGACGGUCCGCUAGAACCCGAAGACGAUGGCGGCUUCGACGAAUCGGACUUUGGGGAGGAGUUUACAAAUCUGUGCAUGAUCGUGCCGCGUCUGCGACCCCAGACUAUCAGUCGGGACCCGGGCCCCGCCAGCAGCGACCCGCAUCCUGCGAGCGGCCCCCAUCCCGGUGCUACAGAGCCGGCACCUACGGAGGUCGCGGACAGAAAAAGGGCCUCCUCGAGCAGGGAGAGCUCCCCAGCGCCCUCCGGUUCUAGAGGACCGGAAGCCCGUGCGAAACGAGUCUAUUGUCAGGAUGCGCCCGAGGAGAACCCGGAGCCUCCCGCCGGGGAGCUUGCCGAGCAUCAUCCUGUGGGCGGGGCUCCGAUUGUACAGGAAAUGGGGUUGGAGGCCAGGCAGGAUACGACCGAGCUAGCUCCAACCAGAGAUCAAGACUCCGUUGGCAGUCUGCUGAGGCACACGACGGCGGUCUACGGUCAGCAGUGGUUCAAGAGCAAGGAGAGUCCGACCGGCCGGGGCCCCAAGGAUCUCGCCGUGGCUUGGAAGACCCUCCACGGCCACGGCAUCGUCGUCGCCGCUGACUCCGCGCGAGAUUCCGCUGCGAAGAUGUUCACCAGCUUCCCGGACGUCCCUGCGCUGCUGGCUUACUGCGCACGCCUCAGGGGCCAGAGGAAGCACCGGUACGAGUGUCUGCUCGAAGAGACACCUUCGCUGCUCUACUUCGGCCUGGACUACUACGUGCCUUUGAGCGUGUGCGCGGGCGACUCCGAGGAGGCGGUCGGGGCGCGGGAUGCAGAUUUUGCUGAGCGGAAGCAGCACUUUGAGCGGCUGAGGGAUGGGUUUCUGGAGGCGGUUCUGGGAGUGUUGGGAGAGGCGGUCCGGUUCGAGGAGAGCACGGCGCAUGGGGCAGUCGCGGGGGGGUUCAGGUACAGCGUCCACGGGGUGCUCAAGGGGUUUUACCUGGAGGAUAGCCGAGCGCGGAGCCUGUUUGCAAAAGCGUUCGACCACUUCCAGAAGAACCCGCCCCCCCAUCUGGCGCGCAGCGCCGAGUUCGUCUGGACGGAGGAUCAGCGGGGCCGCCCGAAGCUGAUCUGGGACGGCACGGUCUACUCCAAGUUCCAGAAUUGGCGUAUGCUGUGGUCGAGCAAAAAGGGGAGCGACCGCGUCCUCGAGCCGAGCGAGGGCAGCUCGGAGCUCAUCGUGGACCACCUCGCGGGGCUUUAUUCGGCUGCGGAGCUGCAGUGCUGCGCCCAGCUAGACGCGGCGCGCCUCGAGGCGUACCUCCAGCAGCACGCCCCCACGUUGUCGCGGCCGCAGCGCCCCACGAUGCGCGUGAGAGAUGCGGGCCUCCCGGAAGAUGGCGGGCAGAAUCGGGCGGACCUGGGCGAGCAGGAGCAGCGCGUGCUGGUGGAGUACUAUCAGCAGGAGCACCCCGGCGCUACGCUCGCGCGCGUUCACGUCGUCGGCUCGGGGGUCUUCACGGUCCACUUCGACGUGCCGGAGCCCACAUGUCUCCUCGCUGGCCGUCCGCACACGUCCCCGGGCAACAACAACACGUACCUGCUCUACCGCCGGUCCCGGCCGGGGGUGGCAUUCUACAAGUGCCACUCCGCCACCUGCAGCGGAAUCGCACGUCUGCUCCAUUUGGAGACGGGGCAAAUCACGGGCUGGACGGAGGACUACGUCAAGGUGGACGGCAUGCGCCCCUAUCCGCCCUUCUCCAUCAACUCCCCUGCCAGGAAAACGAUCCUGACGUCGGCCAACAAGGGCAUUGGCAAAUCGAAGGAGGGGAACGACUGGCUAGAGAGGCUGCUGCAAAGAUUUCCGUUUGCAAACUUCGUCAUGGUCGCAGCAAACGUCACACUCGCCAGGAAAUAUGCGGAGGAUCUGACGCGGCGCGGCAUCGAGGCGACGCUCUACCUCGAUGUGACUGGAAGGAUUGACGACGGCAGGGUCGUUGUCUGCGUAAACUCCCUCCCCAGGCUGGCCGCCAGCUUUGACGUGGUCAUCAUGGACGAGAUGGACAUGAUCCUGUCCAACAUGAACUCGGACGUCAUGGCCCGAAAGAAGAUGGUCUUUCUGGCGCUGGAAGGGGUGACGCGGCAUGCCAAGAUUGUGCUCGGGAUGGACGCCAACAUCGGCAGCCCCCGGGUCAUGCAGUGGCUGCACAUGGUCCGGCCAGAAGCUGCCUUGCACACGAUCCGCAACCGCGGGGUGUACCCGGGUGAACGGAAGGCCACGAUCAAGUACAUCCCGGCGACCAAGCGGUUCCAAAAGGACCCCUACGGCCCGGCCAUUGCUGAGACGAUGGAGUCCCUGCAGAGAGGCGAGCACGUCAUAGCGCCCUCGUCUAGCAAGACGUACGUCCUGAAGCUCGAGGAAGCCUUCAAGCAGCGCUUCCCGAGCGACGGCCGGACUGCCAAGUCGGGAAAGUUCUUCUACUCCAAACCGACGACAAAAGCGGCAAAAGACGCUCUCGAGCUGGCGGUUACCGAUCCCGACACUCACAUGACGGCAGACCUGUGCGCCUCCUCGCCCGUGAUCGGCCCCGGCAUCUCGUGA